CCAUCCACGUGAUCAGACAGUCAUUUGUCUAUGACAUCUUGAUGUCAAUUAUUAGGCAUCUUAUCAGCAGGAAGUACGCCGAAAGGAUACACCUCCACGGAAUGAACUUUGAAGGUCUGCACAAGGAACUGCCCGCUGAUACGCUGCCGGAAGAGUACGGAGGCAGCGGACCCGCCUUGGACUUCGAAGCCUUUUGGAGCCUCCUGGAUGCGCAGGAACCGUCGUUCGUUCAAAACAAUGGCUACGGAUAUCUCAAAACAAAGAAGAAAGGAACGAGAUCGCCGAAGUAAACGGGAUAGAAUUGUCCUCUCUAUUGCAGGACACCCGCCACUUUUCUGAUAAGUAAAGGGAACACCAACGAAA